GGCACUCAUAAAACACAAAUUUUCAACAUAUCAGUAAGAUAACUUCUGGAUAGACUAUCCGACACUUUAUCAAGCACCGGUGAAACAGGCCCUAAAUGGCAUGUAACGAGUUGAUUUUGGUGUCUGGCUGAAUUUAAAAUUCCCUCUAAUAUUGUGACGCAAACUGGUGUCUAAAGCUCAUUGGCUGAAGUCGGAUACAAUGUGCAAGAGCCCCCCCCCCUCCUGGUUUCUAAGCAGACACCCAACCAGAAACCUGACAUAGGCUACUUGUUGGUGGGGAGCACAGAAGAAAUGUCCUCGUGUUGUAUAGAAGCGAUGCGAAAUAUCCACCCGAAAUGGCAUCCAGGACCGAUUUUAAUUUAUCUCUGAAAUAUGCUUUCAUGGUCAGAUUCAUGGAGUAAGAUGUUUUACACGCGGUUCUCUUGCACCGUGAAUUUACAUCAAAGUCUUCUAUAGUAUUUGCUUCCAUCACAACCUGUUUCUUUCUUUCGGACUCGUUAUACAUGCUCUGUGCAGUAGAAAUUGUUUCAACAUCUUUGAAUUGUUUAGAAGAGGGAAUAUGGAUAGAAUGGAUACCACCCUGAUAAAUCUAAAUAUGUAUUUGUUAAAACUGGAAAGUGCAUUUUUAUUACAUCAAUAUGUUUUUUAUAUAUCCCUAUGAAUCAUUUAGGUUUAUAUUUCACUUUCAUUUUGGUAAUUUAAAUUCUGCAUUAAUAUGACUGUUGAGAAAGAUAUUGCUUCCAUCAAUAUUUAAAAAGAAAGAUUGGCACUAUUACACCAGAUGAACAAAUUGAGAAAACGGGCGAAAAUGGACGACGAAUUGAAAGGUGAAGCAAGUAGUGGUGUUGAUGCUACUGAGGCUAAUGAACUUGGAAGUACUCCUUCCGACUUGUCGACGAAAGUGCGGGAAAGAGAAGACAUCGGGCAUGGAAUUGUUGUUGCUGCACAUUAUAACACAUUGGAAGAGAAGGGUUUGGAAGAACGUAACAAAAGCCGAAUUUUAUACCUGCGCAAUUUCAACAACUGGGUGAAGAGUAUGCUCAUUGCGGAAUAUCUGGAGAAGGUGAAACAGAGCAAAACCCAUGGAGCGGCAAUAAAAGUUUUGGACAUUGGAUGUGGGAAGGGUGGUGAUCUGUUCAAAUGGAAACGUGGCAGUAUUACUCACCUGAUUUGUGCUGAUUUAGCAGAGACCUCUGUUGAACAAUGUAAAAAUAGAUACAAUGAUCUGCGAUCAAGGAGCGAACGAGAGAGAGGAUAUGCUCCAUUAUUUUCUGCAGAAUUUAUCGCUGCGGAUUGUACAAAGGUUCGCCUGAGAGAACGUUACAAAGAUCCAUCUAUUGCCCUAGAUUUAGUAAGCUGCCAGUUUGCAUUUCACUACUGCUUUGAAAGUUACUUGCAGGCGGAAUGUAUGUUAAGAAAUGCAUCUGAAUGUUUACGACCAGGAGGUUUCUUUAUUGGAACGAUACCAGAUGCCAAUGAAAUAAUGAGCAGAUUACAAAAGAACGGAGGGAAAAAAUUUGAAAAUGACAUAUAUAAAAUCGAAUUUUAUGACGAAACAGUGCCACCUCAUCUUUUUGGUGCCAAAUAUAACUUUCAUCUUGAAGGUGUUGUAGACUGCCCCGAAUUUCUGGUUCAUUUCCCAACCCUUGUGAAAUUAGCGGAGAAGUUUGAUCUUCAGUUAGUGUUUAAGGAAAGAUUUCAGGAUUACUUUGCUCGACAGAAGGAAGAAGGAAGGUCAUUGCUUGGGAAGAUGCAAGCAUUGGAGACAUAUCCUCCAUUUUUGAAAGUGCCGCUUUUGGGUCGUGAUCCAGAAGAUUAUGAACAUGUGCAACAGUACCUACAAACUCCUGCAGGCCAUAGGAAAGUAGGCACUCUCUCAAAACCAGAAUGGGAAGCUGCUUCCCUGUACGUGAUAUUUGCAUUUGAAAAGAAGGCAAAACAGAAGUGAUCAUGAUAAUCAAAUGAACUCAUUAGAAUUGUGGGAGGAGAAGAAUUUCAAGAAACAUGAAUCUUAAAUGAUAAUAGUGAUAAAUUAAACUUUUUGAUGAGAUUGUAAAAAGAAUGUGGUAAUAAUGUGACAUGAGUGAGAUGGGUUGUCUACUUAAUGAAGAUCUUGAAUCUUUGAAGUACUGAUAGAUCAGUAUUACAAAGAAAAGAAUGCAAGAUGUAGAUAAUUAUAUCCAUAUUUUUAUAAUUAGUUUCAAGUUAUUUAUUUUGAUUUGAUUUUGUUAUCUUAUCACUGCCAAUUCAUGUGUAUUUUCUGUGAAGUAUAUUUCUGUACAGCCAUUUGCAAAAAAUGAAAAAUUGUCAUAUAUGUUGUUUUUGUCUAUUGAUGUUGAUUGUAACAUAUUCUAUUUCAAUAUUGAAAACACUUCUGAAAUAAUUUGUUUUGAGAAUUAAGGUUUAUAACAGGGUUAGUUUGUAUUUUAUUGUGGUGAUUUUUGCUAAUACAUUGCCAUUAUGAAUAAUUCAGUAAUGUACAUAUAUAUAUUUUUCCUUAUCCUUAUUAUCAGUCUAAAUUGUUAUUCUAUUACUACAAAGCUAGCUAUUUCUGACACAGAAACCUAAAUCUACUCUUCCAUGUUUUUAAUUAGCCUCCUCGGGCUCGGGCUCAAGGGUUGGUACUUAAUGUUUUAAAUUCGAGUUUUUCAGUUUUUUUUUCUUUCUUUCUUUCAAGGCAAGGGCAUAUCUAUUGCAUUGUAAUCCGUUUCUGCAUAAAAUACUUAUUCAAUUCCAAAAAACUACGUAACCUAUAAGUUACAUCGAAUCUCAUGUUUUGAUAUUAAUAAACAUUGUAAGUGGAACGUACUUCCCCAAAAAAUUAUUUCUUAAAAUACACCAAGAAUUAACCAAGACUUACAUUUGUAAAAUAUAAAUAUAUACCCAACUUUCAAAAGUAAUUAUUUUUCUUCAUAAAGUUUUUAAAAAAUCUAAAUCUGUUGAGACAUGGAAAUGCUUUUCAUGACGAACAAAUGAAAUGACAUUUGUGGUAAACAGCGAGACAUCUUUACAUUGUUUGAUAUUUCGGGAAAACAAUUCGCUUGGCUUCUAUGUAGUUUGUCAUCACAUAAAACAGUUAUAUUUUAUUCUUGGAAACAUUCUGCCAAUAUAUUUUGCGGCGGCGAUUGUGUAUUGGACUGUUAUACCCAGGUUCGUGGGUUCAAACCUGAUCGAUGCCAUGGAUUUGAAGGGAGAAAAAAUCCUUCAGAGGGGAAGAAAAGCUAUCUGUUGCAUGUUAAUAGAUUAACUGUAUGUAAAAGAUUCUCAAGCCUAAAUGAAGCCUCUGAGCUAAAUUCUAAAUCGUCUGUUUCAUUGCCUAAGAAAUACUUCUCUUCUUUGUCCCUCCUUUCUCCUUCCUCUGUCCUCCUGAAGAAGCAUAGUGAUAUUUGCGUGGUCAGACAGAAGAGCAGCCCUCGUGACCUGAGUCCCGCCAUGUAAAAUUAGUCAUCAAUUCAAUUCAAAUAUAUUAUUUCCCUCAUUUUCGUCUUCUGACUCUGGAACUGAAUUCAAAUGUGCACGUGCUACUGUUACUCAAAAUUCCAAAAGUUGAGUUUAUCACACAACAAUUUCAUUUCCCACAUAUCUGAGAAAUUUGGACGAAGAACAUAACAUAUCUGUAAGAAGAACUGGUUCUGGAGAAGAUGCCAGAGGAAGAAGUUCAAAAAAUUGUGUUGACUGCCAAAUGCUUUGAUAAUGCAAGGGUUUAUCGUUUUCCGAGAGACCCGAUUUCUUUACUACACUGAGGAAAAGGCAUGAAAGGAUUAGUGCAAGUCCUCAUUGUUAUCGUCUGUGAAGUCGGAUAUAUUGGUCUUAUUGUUGAUGAGAUGUAAAUAUUCACCCAUAAAAUUGUGAUUGACCUGCCUGUUCAAAAUAUCCACAAAAAUUGAGACCCAUUGAUUUCUAGAGGUCAUUACAAACAAAUACCUCAUUUGGCCAAAUAAUGAAAAUAAAAAAAAUAAACUAUGUAUAAUAGUUUAAAUGUUUCCCUAAAAUUAGAUUAACUUGUAAAAUAACAGAAUAAUUAGAAUAUUUACAUAUUUAUUUUUUGAGUAACAGCAUCCUUUCCUUUGUGACUUUGUUACCAAGACAAUGUUACUUGCGUUGUGCUGUGUUAGGUUCUUAAUUAUCUGUCAUGUGUUUUGCCUUCCGUCACCAAGUCCUCAACUGGCCAAAAAUACUUUUUAACUCUUUACCAUUUUUAAACUCUGGAUGUGAAAUACCAUUUGCACACACCUGCUUCAUGUACCGUUUUCAGAUUCAUCUAUGUACAACAGUCGAGGAGAUUAAAUUUGUUCACUAUAUGUUGACACUUGUUAAUAUGUUAACGUAAUGUUUUUCUGUAAUAAAUUGAACAUGAGCUUUUAAAUAUGUGUGUAGAAGCAUUCAGCAGAAAGAAUUGUUUAAGAAUUAAGCGAGUUUAUGAGUAGCUCCCUUGUACAUUAUUGAAUGAAGUGAAAUUAUCAUAAGAUAAUUAUUUUAAUUCCAGAUUACAUCUCGGUACUUUUUAUUAAUACUACUUUGUAGUAGUAUUUGUGUUCCUAAAGUGUCAUACAAGUAUUAAGUCAUAAAGUGGUUUCAGGCUUGUUAGCAGAUUUAUACAACCAGUUUUUAUUCUUUCCAGUGAUCCUUUGAUUCAUUCACUGAAUAUUAUUAUAAUAGGUUAGUUAUAAAAAUGAAAUAUGUCUGCUCGUUUUAGAAAUUUUGAUUUCUAAAAGGUUUGUGUAAUAUCACAGGUUUAUAAUACAAGAAAUAUUUUAAUAUGAGAUGGAGAACUUAGAAUUUAAUUUGAGAUGAAAAAGAAUUUAAAUCUAGUUUUGAGGCAUGUUGUUGAUGUAUUGAGCUUACUUUUUAUGGAUACUAUAUAAAAAGACUCAAAAAGAGUCUAGUGACAGUUGUAGAAAAGUCACAUUUUAUAUUGGUAAAAAAUUUGUUGUCUAUGGGAUUAUGUCAGAUGUAAGAAUGUUUUUGUGCUGCAUUACUACAGUCUUACAUCUCUUAUCACAUUUCUUUUACGUAUAGUUUUUCCUUUUCUCCCCUCUUGCAAUUAUUAAGAGAUCGUCCAUAAAUUACAUAACGCUAAAGAGGGGGAGGGGGGUUGAAGCAGCAUUAUGCUGUGAUUCAUAGAGGGGAGUAUUUGAUUAGUGAUGUGUAUCAUUGAUAUUUUUUGACAUUUGGUGAAAUACUUCCUUUUUUAAGUUUUAUACUAAAAUAUUAUCUGAUUUAGUUGUUAUAAAAAAGUAAUUUAAAGUUAAUAGAAGUUGUAACAAUAAAUGGAAAUAUUUUGUAUUUAUCUGCAGAUUACAAAGAAAAUAUUUAAAACUGAUCUGAAGUAUUUUGUAGAAUACUAUUAAAUUGGCACAGUAGAUUCUCACUCAUCUGCCAUCCAAAAUGGCAGCGUGUCCAUGGUGUGAUAAGAAAUUUUCUUGACAGUGCAUUUUUGAAUACUUAGAGGCAUUUUUUUAAACAUGUUUUUUCUUAAUUGUUUACUUUUACAGUACAAAAUUACUAUUUAUGUUAACAGAAUCCCUCAGAUAUUUGUUGAGUCCUGAAAAGGGUAAAAA